CACCUGAGUCAAUGCAGGUCAGAGACACGAACCCACACAGCCUCUCCCCCGCAAACUCUCUCUCACACUAACAGUGGCGUUUCUCGAAACUCGAAACGUUUCGCUUUUCCGCACCAUAAAACCAGCAACCGUUCCAAACUUCACUCUCUCUCAAUCCUCCGCUACUGCGCCAUGGCUGAGCGCCGCAGCCCCCAAGCACUCCCAGACCCGCACCCCAAACCAAACGAUUCCGACCAAAAACCGCACCACGCCAACCAGACACAACGACUCACCGAAUCGCCCUCCGCCGCCGAGUCGCAUGGCGGCGAGUUACGAAGUUCCGAUGAGCGUCGAACGGAGUCCAAUUUAGAAACCCUAGGCGGUGCCGUUGCCUCUUCGGUGCAAACCCUUGCUGUGCAGCACCAUCGCAGUGACGAUUUGCACGGGGGCUCUGCUGCGUUGAAUUCCAGUGGCAAAGCCGAAAGUAAGGAGACAGAUGCACCUCCUGAAAAAGAAAUUAUUCAAGGAGGAGAAGCCCAGCCACUUCCAACUCAGACAAAUCGGCUUCAGCUGUCUGUGUGUUCAACUCCAUUGUCUGAACUGCCACCAACUUCUGUUACACAAUCUUUAUCAUCUGUUUCUAGUCCAACUGUACCCAAACAAAAAUUAUCUACUCCAAAGGUCAAUAAUGCACGUUUGCCAGAGGUAGAUAAGAAAAGUUCUUCUGGUGGCAAAACCUUAUCUGCUGUUUCUGUUGCAAGGUCAUCAGCAUCUGAUGGAUAUAACUGGCGGAAGUAUGGUCAGAAGCAAGUAAAGAGUCCUACAGGUUCUCGAAGCUAUUACAGGUGUACUCAUUCAGACUGUUGUGCUAAGAAGAUUGAAUGUUGUGACCAUUCAGGUCAUGUGAUAGAGAUUGUUUAUAAAAGUGAGCACAGUCAUGAUCCUCCACUGAAGACUAAUUCUCUUAGGGAAAAUAAGAUUCCGUCUGCCAGCGAACCUAUUGUAGAAAAAAGUGUUCCAGAUCAGCCUGUCAGACUUCUGAAGGAUCCUGAUCCAUCCAUUUCGUCAAAAGAAUCUCUGCAAGAAGCACCCUGCAGCACUGAUAAGAAACGGCCAAAUGCUUCUAGUAUCAGUAAUGGUAAAGUUAUUUUGAAAGAGGAACAUGUAAAUGAGCCAGAGCCGAAAAAAAGAAUGAAGAAAGACUUAACAGACAUGGAUUCUCCUGUAAAACCUGGAAAGAAGCCCAAGUUUGUCAUACAUGCAGCAGGGGAUGUGGGGAUAUCUGGUGAUGGUUAUCGAUGGCGGAAGUAUGGGCAGAAAAUGGUGAAGGGAAAUCCGCAUCCCAGGAACUACUACAGAUGCACUUCUGCUGGAUGUCCUGUGAGAAAGCACAUUGAAUCUGCCGUAGAUAACUCAGAUGCGGUGAUUAUAACAUACAAGGGAGUACACGACCAUGACAUGCCUGUGCCCAAGAAACGACACGGGCCACCAAGUGCUCCUCUUGUGGCAGCUGCAGCACCCGCGUCCAUGAACAGUUUGCAGGUGAAGAAACCCGAUUCCCCACAGAAGAAGAAAGUUUCUACUCAAUGGUCGGUGGACACGGAAGGAGAACUAACUGGGGAAGCCCUGGAGCUUGGGGGUGAGAAAGCAAUGGAAUCAGCUCGAACGCUUCUGAGCAUAGGUUUUGAAAUUAAGCCUUGCUGAAUUGAUGUUUCAGAAGCCAUGCAUGCAUGCAGUUGUAACUAAAUUAAUUGGCGGGUGCUUCCCAUGUUUAUCCUUUCUUGUUUGUUUUUCUUCCCCACGUAGGGUUGGUUGUAGUGGAACAGUUGGUGUGUAUUUUUGCUUGUACACCGCUUCAACUUGUCUGAAACAGUUUGCUAGUAGUGGAACAAAUAUAGAAUUGAUUGACAUCAUUUUAUUAUCAUCAGGCUAA